UGCUAGUUCAUUACCUAAUAUAAGACAGUCAGCCGUACUCUUAUUAAUAUCAGCCAGAUACAGUGUCACAAUGCACGCACGCUUGUUGCUCGUUACAUUAGUGUACUGUGCGCUGCCGCUGGCGAGGGCCUCCAAGACAGCCAAGUUCCGUUGUGACUACACAUACUUCCAGGAUGCCGGCGCCUUCCUGAAGCUGCACGAGAUACCGGCCAACUGGAGGGAAGCUCGGCUGCGGUGUCACCUCGAAGGAGGCGCGCUGGCUUCGCCGCUCGACUCCCACCUGCUGCAGGCGAUGCAGACUCUGAUGGCUGGAGGUCCGAAGCUCAAGUGCGGCGUGUUCCUCGGGAUCCACGCCACCUUCUCCAGGGGAGACUUCUUUUCCAUCGAAGGAGUGCCGCUCAACAAGAUCCCUCACAAGUGGGCAGAGGGCGAGCCAGACAACUACAACGACCAGGAGAGCUGCCUGCUGCUCACUCCGCAGGGGGAGUUCGCCGACGUCAACUGUAGCGACACCUACCCCUAUGUGUGCUACAAGAAGACUCCCGUGGGGAUGAAGACCAUGUGCGGCACCGUCGACCCUGGUUACACUUUCGAGCCCAAGACUGGCAGCUGUUACAAGUUCCACUCCACCCCGCGGACGUGGUCGAGGGCGUUCAUGACGUGUGCGGCCGAGGGAGGACACCUGGCCAUCAUCAACAGCGAGACCGAGGCUCAGGUGGUGAAAAAGAUAUUUGAAGGUCAUCCAGCUGGCAAGAUGCUAGGACACUUCUGGAAGGAGGUAGCAUUCUUGGGCUUCCACGACUGGGGGGAGCACGGCGAGUGGCUGACCAUCCACGGUCAACCCCUAGCUGAAGCCGGGUUCAACACGUUCUCCGGCGGCGAACCCAACAACGCGACCACGGGGGAGUUCUGCGGCUCCAUCUACCGCAAUGGGAAGUUCGACGACCUCUGGUGCGAGAACAGAUACGCGUUCGUGUGCGAGAUGGACCCGAGCAGCAUGUUGUGCGAGGAUGGGAAUUAAUAACUAUACCACUACUAGCUGUGUUAACUGUAUCUAAGAUGUGUUCAAUAAAAGAUUUACCAAAUAAAA